AUGGAGAGCCCACAUGAACAUCAGCAGAGCCUUCUGCUCUCCCGCAUCAUCACAAACGUGGAAAAGCUGAACGAGGCCAUCAUGGUCCUGAACAAGAAUCUCCAAGAAAUCAAUGUUCAGAACAUGAAUGUUGAGUUGGUGGCACAGAUGUUCAAAAACUACCAGUCCAAUGUGUUGUUCCAUCUAGAAGCUACCGACAGCCUGAAAGAACCAUCUUAG